AUGGAUAGUUUAAAAAAUAAAAAGCUUUCGAAAAGACAAAUUAGAAAAACAGUUGCUGGAAUAAAAUUACCUCCAAUAGUACCAUCUAUUGACACUCAAAUAAAAACAAUCUUGGACAUUGAUCCAGAUUAUUAUUCUAUAGUGGAAGGAAGGCCAAUCAGACCGAAUACGUCUAUUCAUAAAUAUAAGCAGAAUAUAAAGGAAGUAGCAUUGAAGCGUACUCUUCAUGGAUUUUUGGUAGAUGAAAUACUUAGGAUAGAUAAAGAAAUUGAAACUGAAAAGAACAUAUAUGAAACCGCAUCGAAACAUUUUGAGGAAUAUCAAAACAGUUUUGAUAAAUUUUUGGCAGAUGAUAAUAAUAAAACAAUUUCUAUAAUGAGGAAAUCAGAUGGCCUAGCGAAAGAUUUGUUUAAUCAGUCCGAUGAAUGUAAAAAGGCUAACUACGAAAUGGCUUCGCUUAAAUCAAAGUUGCAGUAUAUUGAUGAAACUUUGAUGAUAUUAUUAUCGUUUCAAAAUUUUCUGUAUAAAGCUGCUCCAAUUUUAUGGCGAGAAGAAUAUAAAAUAAAGUUAGAUACUAAAUAUAAGGAGAUAUUUUCUAUGGAUUCUGAUAUCUUCUGCAAAAUAGACAUUGACGCGAUAAAAGAAAGAUUAAAUGAACUGCCUUCACCACGAUUAUAUUUUGAAACACCGGAUCAAAUACUCAUAUUUUUUUAUUUGUUAGAGAAACAAAAUUUGAAUUACUUAUUAGUCACAGAAGAGUUGAACUCCGAGAAAAAUAAAUUUUUGAAAACUCUGGAUAUUUUAAAAAUAAAAUUGAGACACGAAUUGGAUUUUAUUCAGCAGAAGAUAAAAGAAACGGAAGAAAUUAUAAUAUUAAACGAUAUACGGGAGGCAGAAAUUAAACAAAUAUUUUUUAAAAUUUUAGAGGAAAAAAUUAGAUAUUUAGUAUCAUCUGAGUUGGCUCUGCAAAUUUUUAACUUCGUAGAAUUUACUUAUGAACAAGUGAUUGCUCCAAAUGAAACUAAACUAAGUUCUUUAGAAAUGGCUAUAGCGCUAGAGAGUGAAUAUGACAACUUAAUGAUGGAUAUAUCGGCAUUUGAUUUGGAUUACACAAAGACAAUAGAAACAGAAAUAUACGAACGUGGGGAAAAAGAUAUAAAAGACGCAAAAGAAGCAACUAAGUUAUUGAAAGAUAUAGAUAAAAUAGGCCGGCGGCUAAAAUCCGCCUAUGAGCCAACAAGAAAAAAAUUUAAUUAA